AACACAGGAGCGCCCCGACAAAGAAUUUGGCGACACUGGAGCUUCUAAAACGAAUACAUAAUACUUUGAUAUUGGGUUUAGGUCUACGUACAAAUAUUAGAUCUGCUGAUUUGGAUAACAAGAUGGAUACAAAGAUGGCAGAACAGACGUGGGAGAUGGCUAACAGUAUCGAAACUGUGAAUAGUGUGGAUGACAUCUACAAGUAUGACGGUAAGCAGCAGCAAGAUAUACUGGCCGCAAAGCCAUGGGAGAAAGAUCCCCACUAUUACAAGGAAAUCAAGAUAUCUGCAUUGGCCUUGUUGAAGAUGGUGAUGCAUGCAAGGUCAGGUGGCACAAUCGAGAUCAUGGGGCUGCUGCUGGGCAAGGUCGAUGGCUACACAAUGAUUGUAAUGGACUGCUUUGCAUUGCCGGUAGAAGGCACUGAAACGCGGGUGAAUGCUCAGGCGGCUGCGUACGAGUACAUGACGGCCUACACAGAAAGCGCCAAGCAGGUAGGUCGGCUGGAGAAUGCGAUCGGUUGGUACCACUCGCAUCCAGGCUACGGUUGUUGGCUGUCCGGCAUUGACGUCAACACACAGAUGGUCAACCAGCAGUUCCAAGAGCCAUUCGUGGCCAUCGUCAUCGACCCUGUGCGCACCAUCUCUGCAGGCAAAGUCAACCUGGGAGCCUUCCGCACCUAUCCCAAAGGAUACAAGCCGCCGGACGAGGGCCCCUCCGAGUAUCAGACGAUUCCGCUUAAUAAGAUCGAAGACUUUGGAGUGCACUGCAAGCAGUACUACUCGCUCGAGGUCUCCUACUUCAAGUCACAGCUGGACAAGAAGCUGCUCGAGCUGCUCUGGAAUAAGUACUGGGUGACGACUCUCAGUUCCUCCAGCUUGCUGACAAACGCAGACUACACAACGGGACAGAUAUUCGAUCUGGCCGAUAAGCUGGAGCAAGCGGAAACGCAGCUAGGCCGCGGUGGCUUUGUGAUGGGCAUCGAUUCACACGAGAAGAAGUCCGAGGACAAACUGUCCAAGGCGACAAAAGACAGUGGCAAGACAACGCUAGAGGCUAUACACGGGCUUAUGACUCAGGUGUUGAAGGAUAGACUAUUCAAUCAGGUUAGCUGUAACCCCCCAGCUGUACAGACGUAGAUAGCAGAUCUGGCGAUUGAUUGCCGAUGAUAGUUUUCUGAUGAACGUUAGUAUCUGAAAUCGCAGUGUGUAGAAGUACAGACUUUCAAGUGUCGCGGUGCAGUUGUGCUGGUUGGCCAUAUUUUCGUUGUGGAAAUCCUUACUUUUGUUUACAAAGAAUACAUACAUACUACUAGUAACUUCCAUCAUACAUGUUAGUUGUAUAGCUAGCAUUUCUGUGGCUAGUGAUUGCUUAAAAUUUUACAUCUUUUUGGGGUAUUUUUUGUAAGCAAUACAUUUAUAUAUUCUGUCGUAUAUAUUAUAAUAGUUCGCUUGUUUUCAAAUAUCAUUGGAAGAUGGUGGUACAGUGCUUUAAUUCCUGUUUAAAAAUGGUUUUGAUAGCCAGACUCAAUUUUAUGCACACAAGCCUUUGGUCAUAUUCUUCACACUGCGUUCCAAACAGAAAGGAACAAAAUUGGAAUAUGUUUAUUUCUGAAACAUGAGAAAUUUCAGUGCUCUGUACUAGAUUACAUAUGAUGCAGUACAGAGGAAGAUUAUUAAAGUAUUCAAUUUCAAAAUUGCAGUGUUAGUGUCUACUUUUGUUAUACAUCACGUGAAUACUUUUACUGAUUUUUUUCUGGUUAAAUGGUACCAACUACUGUAAUUUCAAUAUUAGCAGAACCCUUUACCUAUGAUUGCAGAAGCAGGAACUUUUAAAGAAAAAACCCUACAGCUAGAGAGUUUAUAAUUUUUAGUAACGAAUUGUUUAUUCACUCUAUAAGACAACGUAGACCAUAGGGAACCUGGUUAAGUUAAACAGGGUCCCACAGCCCUUGAGAGUCCUUGAAUUUUGUUUUUUGUCCUUGAAAGUCCUUAAAUUUUCCUUUUGUCAUUGAAAGUCCUUGGAAAUAGGUCCAAGUUCUUACUUAAUGUCCUGGAAUUUUACAUGUUUUACCAAAAAUAAAAAGCAAAUCUUCAUUGCUCGUUAUCUGA